GGUCAUCGGCUCUUGGCAGAGACAAGCAAGAUCAUUCCGAGAGGAAAGAUAAUUUCUCCUCCUUUGAAUCACAAGAGAGAAGCAGAAAAAGCAUUCAUCUCUUGUUGAUACUGUAGUGCACAGAAGGAAGGAAGAGGUGUGCAGUAAGAGGCCUGAAGCGUCUUGUCUUUCAGGCUCGCGCAGGAGGAGACUGAGAGGAGGGAAGAAGAAAGGGAAAAGGGGAAGAGGGGCCAGCUGAGGAAAGAAGGACGGGCAGAAAGAGGACUUGACUAAACACACGUGAAAACAUUGUAGCUCGGAGAGCUUAUUCUUUAUAAGGCACAGAGCUCCAUCGCUGCAACCAGUCCUGAAAAUGCUUUUAACAGCCGAGCAACCUUAAGAGGGCGAUCGCACUGGACGUGAUGCCUUGCUGGCUAUUUGCUCUUCUGAGUGUGCAAGCAUUACCUCUAACAGAACCUCACCCUAGUGUCCGCAUUGAACCCAAAGAAGGCAGCUUGGCAGGCGGAACGUGGCUCACAGUCAGUUCUGAUGAUUUGGAGAGGGGUGUCCUUUACCCCAGAGAUGGCUCUCAGCUAGAAAUAGACCUGGUGAAUGUGGCAGUGCCUUCUUUGCCGAGGAUCCCUUGUGAUGUCUCUCCUGUCCUCUUGGAUUUGCCUGUGGUGACAUGCCGGACCAGGUCACUGCAGUCCGAAGCUCACGAAGGUCUGUACUCUCUGGAAGUGCGCUCUGGGGGACAGGUUGUAGGGAGCUCAUGUACAGGAUCACGUGACAGCUGUACUUUCAGGUUUUCCAAGGCUCAGACACCCUUUGUGUACCGCGUUGACCCACCGAGUGGAGCUCCAGGAGAACUAAUACACGUGCAUGGUUGGAUUAUCACUGGAAAGUUGGAAACCUUUGAUUCUGAGGCUGAGUACAUCGACAGUCCGUUGAUUUUGGAAGCUCAAGGAGACAGAUGGAUCACUCCUUGUUCUCUUAUAAACAGGCACACGGGAGACAGCUACCAUAUUCAGGAAGACCAUGGCCUUGGGACUGUGCAGUGCCACGUGGAAGGCCAUUACAUCGGCUCCUCCAAUGCUAGUUUCUCAGUAUUUAACAAAGGAAGGUCCAUGGUGCACAAGGAUGCGUGGCUCGUCAGCGCGAAGCAGGACCUGUUCCUGUACCAGACGCACUCAGAAAUACUCUCCGUGUUUCCAGACACUGGGAGCCUUGAGGGAAGAACAGAUAUCACGAUCACAGGAGACUUCUUUGACACGUCUGCCCAGGUUACCAUUGCAGGCAUUCCAUGUGACAUUAGACACGUGUCUCUCAGGAGGAUUGAGUGCACCACCAGGGCUCCAGGAAAAGGAGCAAGGCUCACCGCUCCUCAGGCAGGCAAUCGAGGACUUCUUUUUGAAGUUGGAGAAGCAGCUGGGGACGUAGAACUGACUGAAGACACCCCGGGGUACAGGUGGCAGAUCGUCCCGAAUGCCAGUUCUCCAUCUAGAUUUUGGCCGAGGGAAGGACACCCUUUCAGAUCACGGCUCAGUGGGUUCUUCAUGGCUCCCGAGACGAACAAUUACACAUUCUGGAUCCAGGCAGACAGCCAAGCCUCCUUGCAUUUCAGUUGGUCAGAGGAACCAAGGACCAAGGUGCAGGUGGCCUCCGUCGGAGCGGGCACUGCUGACUGGUUUGACUCCUGGGAGCAGAACGGGGAUGACGGGGUCUGGAACCAGAAGACUCCCAAGCUGGAGCUGUUGGGAGGAGCCAAGUAUUACCUGGAAGCAGAGCAUCACGGAAUAGCGCCCAGCCGAGGCAUGAGAAUCGGUGUCCAGGUCCACAACACUUGGCUGAACCCUGACGUGGUCCCCACCUACCUCCUGGAGAAACACCAGAUCCGAGCGCGAGCCCAGAGACUUCCAGAAAUACAGAUGCUGAACGUGAAAGGUCUAGGAAAUUUUUUCCUUACUUGGGACAAUGUCUCCAGCCAACCAAUUCUUGCAAAUGCCACAGCCCAGCAGGUUCAGUCCGCCAUUGAGGAAUUACUUGCAGUAAAAUGCACACUGGAUCCUGUUUCAGCCAACAUCCUACUGCGGCUUGGAUUUGAACAAGGCCUACAAGGCUCCAGCUCUGACGGGGUUCUCACCAGUGCGACGGAGCCCUUCUGUGGCAGGUUCAGCCUCCACCGGCCCCGACACCUUGUCUUAGACCCCUUGGCCGCAGAGAAAGGCUAUCGGCUGGAUCAGUACCCAUGGCUGUGUAUUGCAUACAAAGGCCACACGCGCACGACCCUGAGGGUGACGGUGUCUUUCACAUCGGGCUUACGAAAUGUCAUCAAGAAGAACAGCACCUGCAACUGGAGUCUCGUGGAGCCCAGCCCCGAGAGCUGGCAGUUCACGUGCACCAACCUGUGGGAUGCAUGUCUGUGGCCCUCCGAGGAUCUCCAGCCUUCUCCCGCGAGCAACUCCGUGUUCGUUCAUCGGAUUGACAUCCUGCCUGUGGCCCAGGACACAGGCCUGCUCUAUAUGGAUGAAAUUAUUAUUACAGAUACACACGUGUCAGUCUCUCAGGGUGCUUCUGGGACAGCUCGCUCAGGUGUGCAUCUGGUGGAGUCAGUCUCUGUGGCAGGAUCCCCUCCAGUCUACAAUAUAACCUCCUGGUUAGUGGGGUGUGGCACGGAGCUCCCACUCAUCAGUGCAUGCUCUGUGUCCACUGAAGGAACAGAAGAAGGAGCAGGACUCUUCCAGGUGACUGCCCAGAGACUCCAGAGGAGCAGCUCACCGUUGGGAGGACACUUCCUCAUUCAACUUGCUGACACAGUGAUUCCGGAUGUCCCUGUACACAUUUCUGCUAGUCGCCUUCACAAGCUCUUGCAGGACAAUGCUGAUGACGUCACAUCUAGAUACCUCAACGUCAGUGACUUCACCGUGACAGAGGAUCUGGCCUCUUGUUAUGAACAUGUGUGGACCCUUUCCUGGACCACCCAGGUUGGGGAUUUGCCCAACUUUAUCAGGGUCUCUGAUCAAAAUCUGACUGGAAUGACGCCUGCUGUGGCCAUGCGUGUGGUGUACGAUGGUGGAGUUUUUCUUGGGCCCAUAUUUGGAGACAUGCUGGCUUCUGCCAACCAGAAGACUCAGGUGGUGGUACGAGUGAAUGAUAUACCAGCUCACUGCCAAGGCUCCUGUUCUUUCCAAUACCUCCAAGGGUCAACUCCUACGGUGCACUUUGUAUGGUAUUCCCUUGGUCAUGACAACAACGCACUCGUUCAUCUUAUUGGAACUGGUUUCUCUAAUGAUUCUUGGGCCAUACAGGUUACGGUGAACAAAACAAAUUGUGAAGUGAUUUCCUCAAACCACACAAAUGUAGCCUGUCAGACAGACCUGCUACCAGCUGGAAUUUAUCAGAUGUCAAUGUUGGUGAGACCUUCUGGCCUUGCUAUCAAUGCCAGUGGAGAAGGCCUCUUCCUAUAUGUGGAACCCAGACUGAAUGCUGUGGAACCUUCCAGAGCUUCAGAGAUUGGAGGACUCUGGGCCACCAUCCGAGGCUCUGGUUUGGAAGGUGUUAACCUGGUGUUAUUUGGAUCUCAGUCUUGUACUGUCAAUGUCACUAGCAGCAAUUCACACAGAAUCCAAUGCAGAGUUCCACCCAGGGGGGAAGAUGGCUACAUUGUGAAUGUGACCGUGGUCAUUGGGGACCACUCUGCUGUUCUUGUCAGAGCGUUUAUUUAUGAUCCCUCUUUAAAUCCAGUGAUUGUGUCUUUAAGCAGAAACAGAAGCAGCAUAGCUGGAGGUGCAGUCAUUGUCCUUGGGACGGCGCGGCCGCUGCCGGUGAACGGUACAGACAUGGAUGUGCGCGUCCGGGUCCGGGACACCUCCGCUCAGGUUCGCGCUCCGACGGCUCAGGGCCUGGAGGCCGUGCUGCCUGCGCUGCCGGCAGGUGUCUACACGGUGUCUGUCUCCGUCAACGGGGUCAGCCUUCACUCACAAGGGGUUGAUCUCCACAUCCAGUACAUCACGGAAGUCUCCAGCAUUGAGCCUUGCUCUGGGUCCCUCCUGGGUGGAACUGUCCUCAGCCUCUCAGGAAUAGGGCUGAGCACAGAGCCGGCUUUGAUGCGGGUGCUUGUGGGUAAGCGGCCCUGUGACAUUGUGAAGCUGACAGAGAUGAACAUCUGGUGUAAGACUCCUCCGGCUUCCACUCCGCCCAGUGCAGACGCUCUCACUGUCCCAGCACAGGUGGAGGUCUGGGUUGGCAACACGUCCUUGACCCAGGCACCUGCAUCGAGCUUGGUGGCGAAGGGCCUUACCUUUGCAUAUGAAGCAGCGGCAACUCCAGUGGUCACUGCCCUGUGGGGAGAAUUCACCAAUGACAGCCUGGGACUCUACGUGGAAGGACACAACCUCUCCCAGGCCGUCAUUCUUCUGGGCAACUUGGAAUGUGACAUUCAAGUACAGCCUCUUGGUGGCAAUAUGACUGCGUCUGGGUGCCACUUUCCUCUCCGCGAUUUGGAGGCAGGCACGUACCCGCUCCAAGUGCAUCACAAGAAGAUGGGGUUUGCUGACAUGUCCGCGGUGCCCCAGCAAUUUGAGGUGACACCUCGGAUAACAGCCGUCUUUCCGAUGCAUGGUUCCGUAUGUGGCGGGACAGUGCUGACUGUGAAAGGGUUCGCCUUGCGUUCUCGAAGGAGGUCCAUUCAGGUUGACCUCUCGGGCCCUGUGACCUGUGCGAUUUUGAGCGAGGGAGACCACACCGUUCAGUGCCAGAUCAACGUGGUGAGUGACCACUUGCCAGGAGCCUCCUUCACGCUGAAAGUCACAGUCCUGGUCAAUGGGCUGACCAGUGAGUGUCAGGGGAAUUGCACAUUUUUUAUGCAGGAAGAGGCAACUCCUGUUGUGGAUGUCUUGAGCAUAGACACCAGUGGGUCUGUGACCACGGUGCUCAUGAGGGGUCAGAGGCUGGGCACCACGGCCCAUGAGCCAGCAGUGUUGGUGGACGAUCGUCUUUCUUGCCUCGUAACUUUCUUCAAUGCGAGCCACGUAGCAUGCCUGGUGAGUGAUCUGACCCCUGGACAGCAUUACCUGUCAUCUCUUCACACGAGCACCGGCUACGCUUGCUUUUGUAACGUGUCCAGGCACUUCUGCAUUACGCCUCGGGUGUGGGAUUACUUCCCCAGGAACUUCAGCGUCCACGGUGGAAGCCUUUUGACCCUGGAGGGCACAGCCCUGCAAGGACAGAAUGCCACCUUGGUCUACGUUGGUGCCCAGGCCUGCCUCACGGUGAGCAUCAGUUCCGAGCUCAUCCAGUGCUUCGUUCCUGCAGGAAACGGCUCUGUCGCUCUGGAGAUUGAGGUGGAUGGAGUCUCGUACCACGUGGGAGUCAUUGGACUCAACAGCGCUUUCACCCCAGAAUUGCUUUCUGUUUCUCAGAACCACAGCAUCCUAACCUUCACAGUGGCCCGGAUCUCAGGGGCUGCCAACGUUGACCUUUAUAUUGGCACAUCACCCUGUGUGGGUGUCCAAGGCAACCGAACGGUUCUGCAGUGCCUGGUCCCUUCGCUCCCCGCUGGGGAGUACCCCGUUAGGGGCUACGACCACAACAGAGGAUGGGCCUCAUCCGUUCUCAUUCUCACCCUGAGGGCUGCGGUGACAGCUGUGACUGGGAACUUCGGCUGCCCAGGUGGAAGGCUUUUGCAUGUGUUUGGAGUGGGAUUUUCUCCAGGGAACAUCUCAGCUGCUGUGUGUGGAGAGCCCUGCCAGGUCUUGACUAAUGCUACAGUGUCUGCCUUCAGCUGUUUGGUUUUGUCCCUGGAUGUGUCUUUGGCUUUCCUGUGUGACCUGAGGCAUGCUGAGGACAGCUGUGCAGUCAUCAGUCACACAUACGUGCAGUGCGAUGUGACUGUCACCGUGGGGACAGAGAGACUGCCGGGAUCGUGGCCUUACCUCUACUUUUGUGAAGAGAGUGCCCAGUGUCUCUUUGUGCCAGAUGGAUGGACAGAGUCGGCCGUCCCAUCGUUUUCAGGCCUCUUCAUCAGCCCUAAAGUGGAAAGAGAUGAAGUUCUCAUCUAUAAUAGCUCCUGUAACAUUACCAUGGAAACUGAGUCAGAGAUGGAGUGUGAGACGCCUAAUCAGCCAAUUACCACCAAGAUUACUGAGAUACGGAGAAGCUGGGACCAGAACACUCAGGGUGACUUUUCCUUUCAGCUCUGCAGGAGAUGGUCCAGGGCUCGCACUUGGUUUCCUAGAAGAGCACCACAAGAUGGCGACAACGUCACGGUGGAGAAGGGGCGGCUGCUCCUGCUGGACGGGCGCUCCAGCAUCCUGAACUUCCUGCACAUUAAAGGUGGCAAACUGAUUUUCAUGGAACCAGGACCCAUUGAGCUCAGGGCCCACUCCAUUCUCAUUACUGAUGGUGGAGCGCUCCAGAUAGGAUCCAAGGACAAGCCUUUCCAUGGCAGAGCUCAGAUCACGCUCUAUGGGAGUUCCCACUCUUCCCCCUUCUUUCCAUAUGGAAUCAAGUUCCUGGCUGUGAGGAAUGGAACACUUUCCCUGCAUGGUUCAACACCUGAAGUAAUCGUCACCCAUCUUCGAGCAGCUGCUCGUGCCAGAGACAUGGUGUUGGCUCUGGAAGAUGCUGUGGACUGGCAUCCUGGAGACGAGGUUGUGAUCAUCAGUGGAACAGGUGCCCAAGAUGCCAAACCAGCAGAAGAGAUUGUCACCGUGGAAAGUGUGUAUGGCUCAGACCUCCGCCUCAGGUCCCCACUGAGAUAUUCGUAUAAUUUUACUGAGAGUGUACUAGGAGGAAAGCGCCAUGUGUUCAGGGCCACCGUGGCUUUGCUCAGCAGGAGUAUAACCAUAGGAGGAAACCUCACAAUGGAGAGGAUGCAGCGUCUCACUUCAUGCCUGGAGGUCAGAGCUUCAGAAGGUGAUCUGCAGCACUGUUUGUAUUCCAAGAGCGAGAAGACACUGGGAUCCAGGGAUCUUGGGGCCAGAGUCAUCAUUCAGUCCUUCCUGGAGGAGCCCAGUCUGGUCCAGCUAAAGGGGGUGCAGUUCCGAGACAUGGGGCAGGCCUUCCGUAAGCACGUGAGCUCGCUCACGCUGGUGGGAGCUCUGCAAGGUUCUUACAUCCAAGGCUGUACAGUGUGGGGCUCCUUCAGCAGAGGCCUCAGCAUGUUCAGGACCUGGGGCCUGAGGGUGGACAGUAACGUGUUCUACAAGAUAUUAGGCCAUGCGCUGCUGGUUGGGACACAUAUGGAGGGAAGUUAUACCUCUUGGAAGACUGUUGCUGGAAGAGAAACUGACUGGUCAGAACAGGGAAAUAUAAUAAGAAACAAUGUGAUCAUCAGUGUCUCUGGGGCUGAGGGACUCUCCAAUGUGGAAAUGUUGGCACCAUCUGGCAUCUAUGUACGUAGUCCCACCAAUGUGAUAGAGGGGAACGGGGUGUGCGCUGCUGGCCACGGGUACUUCUUCCACCUCGCGACCAGCUGGGCGUCGCAAGCGCCUCUCCUCUCGUUCGCUCAGAACACUGCGCAUUUUUGUACAAGGUUUGGUCUCUUUGUAUAUCCAAAAUUUCAGCCACUUUGGAAUAAAGAAACUGGCCCCACUGUGUUGCAGGACUUCACAGUCUGGGAAAGUACAGGUGGUGCCCAGAUUUUUAGAAGCAGCAAUCUUCGCCUGAAAAACUUCCAAGUUUAUUCAUGCAGAGACUUUGGAAUUGACAUCGUGGAAAGCGAUGCCAAUACUUCAGUGACUGACAGCGUAUUUCUUGGUCAUUUUAUCCACAAGGGAAAUUUAUGCAUGUCAGCUGGGAUCAAAACUCCCAAAAGAUGGGAACUGAUGGUUUCUAACACUACUUUCGUUAAUUUUGAUCUCAUCAACUGUGUGGCCAUCAGAACCUGUUCUGGCUGUUCCCAAGGACAAGGUGGAUUUUCUGUGAUGACACAGCAGUUGAAGUUCACAAACUCUUCAAAUGUGGUAGCAUUUCCCUUUCCUCAUGCAGCAGUUUUGGAAGACUUGGAUGGGUCUGUGUCUGGGCAAGAUGGAAGUCACAUUCUUGCUUCUAUGCAAACCCUUGCAUCCACAUGUUCGGCCAAUGCCAGCUUCAGUCAGCUUGUCCCAGGCAGUGUCUGUGGGGAAGGUGUUCUCUUUCAUCGUAUGUCUAUUGGUUUAGCUAACGACCUUGGUGUUUCUAACAACUUAACCCUAACUGAUAGCAGAAAUAAAACAACCACUGUCAAUUACGUACGUGACACAUUGUCAAACCAGUAUGGCUGGAUGGCUCUGCUCUUGGAUCAAGAGACCUACAGUCUACACUUCGAGAUUCCCAGGGCUAACAAAUCCUUGCAGUACUCAGCAACGCUGGACAGCUUUGCUGCUGGGAACUACAUCCUGCUGGUGCACACAAACCUGCCACCUUACCCUACCAUCCUCAUAACCUGUGGGAGCCAAGCGGGCCAGUCUCUGCAAGAUCUUCCAUGGCCUGGUCAGGACAAAGGCUGUGAUUGGUUCUUCAACAGCCAGCUGAGGCAACUCACCUAUCUGGUUUCAGGUCAAGGUCAAGUUAAAGUGUUUCUCCAGGUGAAGGAAGGUGUGCCCCCAACUAUUUCAGCCUCUACAUUGGCACCUGGAGCAGCUUUAAAGUGGUCCUCCCCUGAAACAUGGCAAGAUGUUGAAGAGGGCUGGGGAGGAUACAACCACUCCAUUCCCGGGCCUGGGGAUGACGUUGUGAUUUUACCCAACAGGACUGUUAUUGUAGAUACUGAUCUUCCAUUGCUGAAAGGCCUCUAUGUGAUGGGAACCUUAGCAUUCCCUGUGGACAGAAGCAACGUUCUAAGCGUGGCCUGCUUGCUCAUUGCAGGAGGGGAGCUGAGAGUUGGCACUUUAGAAAAUCCAUUGGAGAAAGAACAAAAGUUUCUGAUUAAUGUUAGAGCCUCAGAAGAAAUCUUUUGUGACCGUUUUUAUGGAAUUCGUAUUGACUCAGGAACCAUUGGGAUCUAUGGAAAAGUUCUGCUUCACAGUGCUUAUUCUAAGAAACCCUGGGCACACCUGGGGGCCGAUAUUGCAUCAGGAAAUGAGAGAAUUAUACUAGAAGAGGCAGUGGACUGGCAGCCCGGUGACAAAUUCGUCCUCAGCUCAUCCUCUUAUGAGCCUCAUGAGGCAGAGGUGCUUACAGUGAGGGAAGUCAAGGCUCGUGACAUCAGGAUCCGUGAGCGGCUCAAGCACCGGCACAUUGGAAGUAGCCAUGUCACAGAAGAUGGUCGGCACAUUCGGUUGGCUGUUGAGGUUGGAUUGUUGACCAGAAACAUACGAAUUCAGAGUGACACACGUUGUAGGGGGAGCCUCCUGGUGGGAUCCUUCAGGAAGUCUAACAGAGAAGAGUUUUCAGGUGUCCUUCAACUUCUCAAUGUAGAAAUUCAGAACUUCGGGUCAGCACUUCAUUCUUCCAUCGAAUUCCUGAAUGUGUCAUGGGGAUCUUGGGUCAUGUCUUCUAGUCUGCACCAAAGCUGUGGUGGGGGCAUCCACGCAUCUGCCAGUCAUGGAAUAAUUUUAAAUGACAACAUAGUGUUUGGCACAUAUGGGCAUGGCAUUGAUUUAGAGGGCAAGAAUUAUUCUCUCAGUAACAACCUCAUUCUUCUCACGAUGCAGCCUGAUGGGUCUUCUACUUGGGUGGCAGGCAUUAAAGUGAACCAUGCAAACGAGGUGACACUCCAGCAUAAUGUCGUGGCAGGCUCAGAGAGAGUAGGCUUUCACGUUCGGGGCCAUGGGUGCUCCUCUGAAGUGCCCUGGUCUGGCAACGUGGCCCACUCCAGCCUUCAUGGCCUUCAUCUUUACAAGGAGAGUGGCCCCAACAACUGUACAGGCAUCUCCGGCUUCUUGGCUUUCAAGAACUUGGACUACGGUGCGAUGGUGCACACCGAGAACAGUUUGGAGAUGGAGAACAUCACGCUGGUGGACAACGCCGUCGGGCUUUUGGCAACAGUGCAUGUGUCUUCAGACCUACUAAGUUCCGUCCAGAACGUACAGAUUGUGCUCAGGAACUCAGUCAUCGUGGCCACCAGCUCCUCUUUUGACUGCAUUCAAGACAGAGUGAAACCUUCGUCAGCCAACUUGACAUCAACAGACAGAGCACCUUCCAACCCCAGAGGAGGCCGAGUUGGGAUUCUGUGGCCUGUGUUCACUUCAGAACCAAAUAGAUGGCCUCAGGAGCCAUGGCACAAAGUAAGGAAUGGUCAUUCGAUUUCAGGCAUUGUGAAAUUACAAGACGUCACUUUUUCUAGUUUUGUGAGAAGUUGCUACAGUGAUGACGUGGAUGUCUGCAUUCUGCCCAACGAAGGCAGCGCUGGGAUCACGUACCCAAUCACCGCAGAGAGGACGCGGAUGCUAAGGAUGAAGGACAAGAACAAGUUCUACUUUCCUCCAUCACACCCCAGGGGAGACUCAGAAAGCGUUAUCUACCCUGAAUCAGAAUGUGAAAAUCCAAGAAAAUACCUCUUCAAGGAUCUGGACGGGAGAACCCUGGGUCUGCCUCCACCAGUCUCCGUGUUUUCUAAAACAGAGGCGGAAUGGACUGGAUCCUUCUUUAACACAGGUAUUUUUAGAGAAGAGCAGAAAUGCACAUUCCGAGCCAUGAUACCAGGCUUCAUCUGCAAACAGACUGACCAUGUGGUCCUGGUUGUCGAUAGUGUUGACACCACUUGGACAACCCAGAAGUCAUAUCCAGUUGUAUCUGUCACUAGUGGCUUUGUCGACACCUUCAGUGGCAUGAAGACCAGGACUUCAGGCUGUACUCGUACCUCUGCGACCACUUUCUAUUCCAUUGUUCCCACGGGGCAAGUCACCAGAGUCUGCUUUGUGGAGCAAACUCCUCAACGAUUGCGCUUUUUGCUAUUGGGGAACAGAAAUGCCACAAAACUCAUCUUGGCUGUAUUCUACCACGAGAUUCAGAGCCCGCAGGUUUUCUUACGGGAACGUUUUGCCCCACCCGCUCUAACGGAGUCAGCUUCUCCCUUGUUGGAAGAGUCUGCUGGCGCCAAUGUUUUCAACCUUAUGGAAAACCUCCUGUACGUUGUCCUUCAAGGAGAGGAGCCUGUUGACAUAUACACAAGCACAUCCAUUCAUUUGGCUUUCACAGUGGAAUUUUCAGUCCUAGAAAAAGGCUGGGAAGUAGCAAUGCUUGAAAGGCUAGCAAGCUUCUUACGCCUUGGCCAAAAUCAAAUCAGAUUUAAGCACCAGAUUCCUGGCAAUGAAGAUACCUUAAGGACCAUUGCUGACAGUUGGGCCAAAAGAAAGCGCACUUGCCCAACUAUAACUUGCGGCAGUCGUUAUAGAAGAUCUGGUCAGCGUAGACCUCUCAUGACUGACGUGAACUCCUACAAAUUCUCACCACCAAACACCCUGGACAUGAUCUCAAAAGUGAUUGUCAUUGAAAUUGGUGAUCCACCAACAGUAAGGAAGAGUGGACUGGUUCUAGAUUUACCAAGAAACAGAUUACAGAAUUUGGCUCACCAGGUCAUCACUGCUCAACAGACUGGAGUCUUGGAAAAUGCUCUGAAUGUGACUAUCGGGGCCUUACUGGUGACUCAGGCAGAGGGAGUCACAGGCUAUAGAAACGCAAGCAGUUCCAGAGCUGGGAACAUCAUAUAUGUUCGGCCAUGGACGCUUUCAGUACUUGUGCAACCUUCGGAUGGAGAGGUGGGGAAGGAGCUGUCAGUGCAGCCACAACUUGUGCUUUUAGAUGAAAAGAACCGACGAGUGGAGACUUUGGGGCUUCCCUCAGAGCCUUGGACCAUUUCAGCUUCCUUGGAAGGGGUAUCAGAUUCAGUGCUGAAAGGGAAUACACAGGUGGAAACACAAGCUGGUUACGUGAGCUUCUCCAACUUGGCUGUCUUGAUCUCCGGGUCAAAUUGGCGCUUUGUUUUCACUGUUACUUCCCCUCCAGGAGUCAAUUUUACAGCUCGAUCCAAGCCCUUUGCAAUCUUGCCUGUGACAGGCAAGGAGAGAUCAACUGUGAUCCUGGCUGUCUCCCUGAGCUCCGUGGUCUCAUGGCUGACUCUGAUCUGUCUGCUCUGCUGUUGGUUUAAGAGAAGCAAAAACAGAAAAAUAAAACCUGAAGACAUGUCUGAAUCCCAAGUUAAUGAACAAAAGAAUCAUAUCCAAUUUUCUUCCAAACGCCCGGGAUCACGUGUGGAGACACGCAAGCAGGAUGCCGGGAUGGGAGCAGACGUGAGGAUGAAAGUCAUGCUGGGCAGGGCCAAGCAGCCAGUGGAUGGAGUAUUCAGAAGGCAAGUGAGCCGCCGCCCUGUCUCUGAGGACGAGGCUGUUGCAGCUGCCCCCAGGAUCGCCAGAGUCACAUCGCAGGGGCACACCUGUGCUGCAGCGUCUCCUGCUCACCAGAGUGCCCUGCAGGAGGCUGGGAGCUGGCAGGAGCCCCGUGAGCAGUUGGGCAGAUACCAGCUGGCAGGCCAAGAUCAGCUGCUAGUGUUAUGCCCGGACCUCGGGCAAGAGAGGCAGCGGUGGCAGGAGCCUGGCCAGAUGAACCAGAGGAGUGGCUGCUCAGGGCCUUCCCAAGAGAGGGGCUCGUGUGUUGCCCCUGAGACGCUCUGCCUUCACUCAUCACCACCAGAAACUACUCAGGCACAGCUGUGAUCCAGGGAUGGUGUGGGCAUUUGGGCUGAAAAACAAAAGUGUCAAAAAUAUGUCUGGGUUGUCAAACAGGUGAAAUGAAGCCUGAUCCACUGACAACAGCUAAGAAGCGAGACUGUAGAGGUUCAGUUCACUUUUCAGCUUUAACAGAGACAAAGAAUUGCUUGUAGAUCGAAAGUGUCUGAUUAUAUGUCUUGUAUCGAUCAAUCGCUGAUCUGGUGAGCCAGUGCCAGGCAAAUAAUAGGUUCUCAAAAACUUGGUGUUCUGCUUGGUUUUAACUUUUUCCUAUUCAGCCAGCAACCUAUUAAUUGUAUUACCCUGAAUUACACCAACAGGCACUGUUAUUAACCUUCUCUAAAGAUGGCCACCCACAAUGCUUCAGGUUGUCUUAUAGGAAGAACUGUGAAUGCUCCAGGAAGGUGCAUUUGAUUCUCUAAUGCUAUGGAAACACAUCCCUUUACCCAGUACGAACCCUGGAUAACAGGAGGACACCUCACUCCCUGAUGCACCAAGGCUUACCUUCCAACCAUGAGGCCACUUCUUGAUUUAAUAAAAUUAGUAAUUCUCUUCAUGAUUUAAAUUCAGCCUCUUGGGGGCUGGAGAGAUGGCUUAGGAGUUAAGCUCUUGCCUGUAAAGCCUAAGGACCCUGGUUCAAGGCUUGAUUCCCCAGGACCCACGUUAGCCAGAUGCACAAGGGGGCACACGCGU